CCAAGGGCCUAACCAUAUCCCAUUACUCACAGCUCUUUUCCCGUCAACAGUUCCGUAAAGGGAUGAUGGCGAGACCGCCUAGCGGUAACGACGAAAACGGGGUUAAAAAAGGGCCGUGGACACCCGAAGAAGACCGGAUUCUCAUCGAUUACAUUCAAAAACAUGGUCAUGGAAGUUGGAGAGCACUUCCCAAUUUAGCUGGUUUAAAUAGGUGUGGGAAAAGUUGUAGGCUAAGAUGGACUAAUUAUCUUAGGCCUGAUAUCAAAAGAGGCAAAUUUUCUGAUGAAGAAGAACAAACCAUUAUCAACCUUCAUGCAGUCCUUGGCAAUAAGUGGUCGGCAAUAGCGACCCACUUACCUGGAAGAACCGAUAACGAGAUCAAAAACUUCUGGAACACGCAUAUGAGGAAGAAGCUUCUUCAAAUGGGGAUCGAUCCCGUGACGCAUAGACCGAGAACCGAUCAUCUGAACAUUCUAGCUAGCUUGCCACAGUUACUCGCAGCUGCCAACUUUAAUAACAUGAAUAAUCUAUUAGAUGUCAAUGCUAUUAACAGGCUUCAAUUAGAUGCUGCAACACUAGCCAAACUCCAUUUGUUACACAACAUGCUUCAAAUCCUAGGCACACCAGCAAUAAAUGCAAUGGAUUUUCUAUCCGGACCCACUUUCCGGGAUCAUCAGUUAUCUCAUCUUCAACCGACUACCGGUGAAUAUCAGCCCUCGAAUUUGAUCGAAGCUUCUCAAAAUACGCAUCCAUUGAAAGAUUUGAAAUUCAGUUCCUAUAUCAACAAUGAUCGAUUCGCUUCUUCUUAUUCUUCUUCUUCUUCUUCAUUGUUUGUUGCUAAUAAUAAUAUUCCGAGUUCGAGUAUUCCUCAGCUUCCGGCAUUGAUUCCGGCAUCACCAGAACAUCGACCGGCGGUUGUCGAAAACAACAAGAUUAAUAACCCAAAUGAGAUUUCUAAUCCUUCAUCUACUUCAACUACCUUUGAAGCUUGGGGAGAUUUAAUGGAUGAUGAAGCAAGUGAUUCUUAUUGGAGAGACAUUAUAGACCAGGCAUCAUCACAAUCAUGGCCCAUCUCUUAGUUAAGUGGAGCUUUCGGGUUGAUAUAUUAUAAUUAGUAUUUCAUUAGAUUUAAAUAGAAUGAACAUAAAAAUUGCAGGCUAGAUGCCAUUGUAUAAAGAAAAUAAAUUAUAAAGUAUUACUAUAUAGUAUAUACUGUGUAGUACCAACAUGGAUUUUAUUUAUAUACAUAUAUAUACAUAGACUUUCUUUUUCUUUUCCUUAAUAAAUAUUCCCAUGGUUUGCGUC